AAAAAAUGAUGGCGUGCUCCAUGCUGCCGGUGGUGGGACCGUCCAAGGAAUCCAAUUCUCUUUCUGUUUCCCUGUAGUCUCAGUUCACAGUUCCAAACCUACGAAAGUCAGUAGACGAAUAAGACUCGGCAUCCAACGUCGUCCUUUCAUGCCCCUUCUCUCCACUGGAACAAAGCUCUUCUACAAUAUCUAAUAAAGAGAACCCCAUCUUCUUCCUUUGAAGCCGCUCUCACAGCUUUCCCAGCCCUUGGCGUCAAUAUCAACCCCUCAGCGGCUGCCGAGAUAUAAUGGCAUCAGAUGGGUUCCGGCCCCUGGACGAGAAAUUUCUGUUGGAGUACCUCAAGGCCACCCCCGUUUUAGCAGAGAAGCUUGGGAACCAAUUCGAAGACUUGCAAAUCAAAGAAGUUGGUGAUGGCAAUCUCAACUUUGUCUACAUUGUUGUUGGCCGCUCUGGCUCCUUUGUCAUCAAACAGGCUCUUCCGUAUAUCCGUUGUAUUGGGGAAUCAUGGCCAAUGACAAAAGAGCGUGCUUAUUUUGAAGCUAGGACACUGAGAGAGCAUAGGCGUGUGUGUCCUGAUCAGACUCCUGAGGUCUAUCAUUUCGACCGUGCAAUGUGUGUGAUAGGCAUGCGCUACAUUGAGCCGCCUCAUAUAAUACUCAGAAAAGGACUGAUCGCUGGCAAAGAGUACCCAUUGCUUGCAGAACACAUAUCGAACUUCAUGGCUAAAACUCUUUUCUUCUCCUCUCUUCUUUACCUUACCACUACCGAACACAAGCAUGCAGUUGCUGAAUUCUGUGGAAAUGUGGAGCUUUGCAGACUAACUGAGCAAGUGGUUUUUUCUGACCCUUACAAGGUCUCUCAGUAUAACCAUUGGACAUCUCCUUAUCUUGAUAGUGAUGCAGAGGCAGUUCGGCAAGAUAAUAUAUUGAAGCUUGAAGUUGCAGAGCUGAAGUCCAAAUUUUGCGAGAGAACCCAAGCUCUCAUCCAUGGUGACCUUCAUACAGGUUCUAUCAUGGUUACUAGCAAGUCUACUCAAGUUAUAGAUCCAGAAUUUUCUUUCUACGGGCCGAUGGGAUUUGAUGUUGGAGCUUUUAUUGGAAACUUAAUCCUGGCUUAUUUUGCACAAGAUGGACAUGCAAAUGAGGGAAAUGACAGAAAGGAAUAUAAGUUGUGGAUAUUGAAAACUAUAGAAGAGACCUGGAAUCUUUUUCAUAAAAAGUUUACUGCUCUCUGGGAUGAACACAAGGAUGGCCCUGGUGAGGCAUAUCUGCCAGAAAUUUAUAAUAAUGCAGAACUUCAUCUGUUGGCAAAACAGAAAUAUAUGGAAGAUCUGUUCCAUGACAGUCUUGGAUUUGGUGCUGCAAAGAUGAUAAGGAGAAUUGUUGGGGUGGCUCAUGUUGAAGACUUCGAAUCAAUAGCUGAGCCAGAGAAACGUGCGAAUUGUGAACGGCAAGCUCUCACCUUUGCAAAACUGCUUCUGAAGGAAAGGCGAAGGUUCAAGAGCAUUGGUGAAGUUGUUUCCGCCAUUCAGCAGCCUAAACCAUGAGAAACUCCUCCUCAAAUUUAUGAUUUUAGAUAUUGCAAGGAUGAUUGAGUUAAAUUGUGAUACACAGUGAUAUCUCCAAAGGACAGGCAGAAUGUAUUCAAGGGUAAUAAGAGAUUUCUUCGGUUUUGCGUCCCACUAA